UUUAAUAUUAAUAUCAUAUUAGUUUGGUACAGUUUUCAUAGGAUUUUUAUUCAGUUUAAAUUCGGUAUCUUAUUUGGUAUGGAUACACUUUUAAUACAAUUUAUAUUCACAUUUAUUUAAUACUUUUAUCAUUUUUUGUCUUUUCCGUAUACAUAAUUAGUUAUUCGGUAUAAUUUUAAUAUUUCAAUAUGAUUCAGUACAUAUUAAAUGGUUUUGUUUUCAAUACCGAAAAUGUAUCAUACAGACAAAAAUACCAUUUUGUCAUAUUGAAACCGUAUCAAAUCUCUUUCGAUAUGAAUGUAGUAUCAGUACGAUAAUUUGUUACACUUUCGGUAUGGGGAAUCGGUGUCGGCACACAAUACUGACACUUUUACUGGCCAUAGACGAUCCGAAUGGACACUAAAGACUGGGGGUCCACCAUGGAACUCUGAGACCCCGAACUAAACUCUUCUUAAGACUAGUUUUAAUGAAGAAAGAAGGGACUUCUCCAUCCACAGUUGUCAAGCCAUGAGUUCUCAGAUGGAGGAGAGAUUCCUCUUGGAAGAAGGGCUUAUAGAGAAUCAAAAUAGAGGAUUGUACACAGGAGAUGGAACAGUUGAUAUCAAUGGAAAUCGAAUCCUUAAAAAAAACACUGGAAACUGGAGAGCAUGCCCUUUCAUCCUAGGUACUGAAUGCUGUGAGCGCUUGGCUUACUAUGGUAUUGCUAAAAAUCUUGUUACGUAUCUCACCCACCAACUACAUGAGGGAAAUGUCACUGCUGCCAGAAAUAUUAACACUUGGCAAGGCACUUGCUAUAUCACACCCCUCAUUGGAGCCCUUUUGGCUGAUUCUUAUUGGGGAAGAUACCGGACGAUUGCAGCUUUCACCACAAUAUACUUCAUUGGAAUGAGUACAUUGACUCUGUCAGCAUCAGUUUUCAAGCCUCCUGAUUGUGUGGAGCUUGUUUGCCCACCUGCAACUGCAACUGAGCUGGCCAUAUUCUUUUUUGGUCUUUAUCUGAUUGCGCUAGGCACUGGUGGUAUAAAACCUUGUGUUUCAUCAUUUGGAGCAGAUCAAUUUGAUGAUACUGAUUCAGUGGAAAGAGUAAAGAAAGGAUCUUUCUUCAAUUGGUUUUAUGUUUCUAUCAACAUUGGUUCUCUCAUAUCAAGUAGUCUAAUUGUCUGGACUCAGGACUAUGCAGGGUGGGGUCUGGGAUUUGGCAUUCCCACAUUGUUUAUGGCCAUUGCAAUUGUAAGUUUCUUUUUGGGCACUCCCCUUUAUAGAUUCCAGAAACCUGGAGGGAGUCCUUUUGUGAGAAUGUGCCAGGUCUUAAUUGCAUCAUUACGUAAGUGGAAUUUGGAGGUCCCUUGUGACAGUAGUCUCCUGUAUGAGUUACCAGACAAAACCUCUGCUAUUGAAGGGAGUCGGAAACUUGAGCACAGUGAUGAACUGAAGUUCCUUGAUAAAGCUGCUGUGCUAUCAGACAGAAAUUUUAGAAGUGAGGAUUUCUCCAAUCCAUGGAGGCUUUGCACAGUUACACAAGUGGAGGAACUUAAGAUACUGAUACGCAUAUUACCUAUCUGGGCUACUGGCAUAGUCUUCUCUACUGUUUACUCUCAGAUGUCCACCAUGUUUGUGGAACAGGGGAUGGUUAUGGAAAGAACUCUUGGUUCCUUUACUAUUCCAGCUGCAUCUCUUUCAACUUCAAAUAUUAUCGGUGUCAUCAUAUGGGUCCUCAUCUAUGAAAAAAUCCUUGUCCCAAUCGCAAGGAAGUUCACAGGCAAGGAGAGAGGCUUAUCUGAAUUGCAACGGAUGGGUAUUGGCUUCUUCUUGUCAAUAUUAGCCAUGACAGUAGCCGCUAUGGUUGAGCGUAAGAGGUUGGAGGUUGCAAUAGAAUUUGAUUUGGUUGAUCAUAGAGUUCCAGUACCUGUUAGUAUCUUAUGGCAAAUACCUCAAUAUUUCUUGAUGGGGGCAGCAGAAGUCUUUACCUUCAUUGGACAUCUUGAGUUCUUCUAUAAUCAAUCACCCGAUGCCAUGCGGAGUUUAUGUACUGCAUUGUCCCUUCUGACGACUGCAUUGGGGAAUUACCUAAGCUCUCUAAUUUUGACAAUUGUGACAACUGUGACAACUAGAGGCGGAAAGCCUGGUUGGAUACCUGAUAACUUGAAUGAGGGGCAUCUUGAUUAUUUCUUCUGGUUGUUGGCUGGUCUUAGCUUACUUAACCUUCUACUUUAUGUCAUUUGUGCUUCAAGAUAUAAAUCCAAGAAAGCCUCUUAGUGGUUUACUUUUCCAGGAUUAUGGAGAUCACUCUAAAUAUUUGUAAAGCAUGCCCUGAUGAAUAAAGUGUAUCUUCAGGUAUUCAUUCUAGAAGAUUAAGGCCGGAGAAGGAAAGUAUCUGGAAUGUUUGGAGAUCCUUUUUGCAAGUUCUAAAUUUUUCCAUGAGUAUUCAGAGUAAGUAAAUAGCUUUUGUCAUGGAUUUACCUAGUAUAAAACCAAAUUGUUUCUCCGUAA